UAUACAUGCAAAUAUCAAAAAUUGAUUUACAAAAAAAUAAAAAUGCAGAAAAUGGAUCUACUGAAAAAUCCAGAUUUAGCGAAAAAUCGGAUUUUUGUCGGAAAUUUACCAUCUUGCACACGGGAGGAACUUUGUAGUAUUUGUGUUCCAUAUGGAAAGCCAAUCGCUUCAAUGGUUAAAGACAAAUUCGGUUUUAUUCAAUUUGAGGAUGAAGCUACAGCUAACAAAGCUGCAGCAGCACUUAAUCAUUCUUCAUUCAAAGGACAUAAAAUUACUGUAAGGAAUGCUGAUAAUAAGAAACAACAAAAUAAAAAUUUGAAUAAAGGACCGGCAAAUCAAACUUCAGGAAACACAAUGCAAAAUGCUCCUACACCUGAUAAAUACUAUUUAUUGCAAGAACAAUAUCAUGCAACCGUAAAUGUUGAUUACAAUGACUGUGAGAUUAUUGUUUUAAAUAAGGAAAUAACUGAUUAUGCGGAGCACAUAGAACAAAGACUGAAAAGAAUGUAUUUAAGGGUGGAUAUUUUAUAUCCAAAUCCUGAAGUACCAAUUGGAAAAGUUUUAGCAAAUAUCUCAUCACGUGGAUGCUUAUAUGCUAUUGUUGUCACUGAACAAAAUGUAGAACAUAAGAGCAUAACUGUAAAUAUUUUAUAUGGACAAGCAGCUGAACAUCGAAAUAUGCCAAUUGAUGAUGCAAUAAAUUUAAUUCAUUCAGAUUUCAGUGAAAAAUUAUCUCGCGAAAUUAAAUUAAUUCCAUCUAUUAUGAAACCAACAAUGUCAUUUAUGGCUCCAGCAAAAAUAGUCGCCCCACCACUUAAAGAGCCUCAUCCAGAAUCAAUGCAAACAUUGUUAAAUCUCUUAGCUGAUAAUUUACCCUUAACAGUUUUACAAUAUGACAGAGUUAUUAAAUACUUACAGGAAAGGAGAGAGCUUCAAGUAAAAACUGAAAUGGGCGAACACGUAGAUGCGUCGAUGACAACAAAUUUAAAAGCCACUGCGGAACCAGAUCCGGAAAUUGAAUUGCAAAAGAAAAUUUUAAAUAUAUUAAAUAAACCGUCUGUAACGGACAAACAUGCAUCAACACUUUUGUACCCAACAGUAGACUCUUUGUUGCAACAUUCAGAUACAAUCGAAUUAUUAAAAGAUGAAAAAGUUCAAAAAGCAUUAGAUUCAUUAAUGAUAACUAGUUUAGUGGAAACAAUCCAAAAUCAUUUCGAGUUUUAAUAAAGAAUUAA